CUGCGCCGGCGGCAUCGGCGCCUCCACCUCGCUCACCCUCCUCCCCGCACUUUCUCUGCGCUCCCUGCUCUCGGUCGCACAGCCGGACUCGCGCUCUUCUCGCCGGCAGCCCUGGGAAUCGCCCGCCGCCACCGCCCAGCCUGCACCCGCCGGCCCCUACCCCGUGCCUGGGCACCUGUUGGAGGCAGAGACAGGGGUGCUUCAUGAGGGGCCGCAGGGGCGACCGCAUGACCAUCAACAUCCAGGAGCACAUGGCCAUCAACGUGUGCCCCGGGCCCAUCCGGCCCAUCCGCCAGAUCUCUGACUACUUCCCCCGCUGGGGACCAGGACCUGAAGGGGGUGGCGGGGGCUUCGGGGAGGCCCCUGCUCAUCUGGCUCCGCUGGCUCUGGCCCCCCCUGUGGCCCUCCUUGGGGCCACCACGCCUGAGGAUGGAGCUGAACUGGACAGCUAUGACUCAGAUGAUACCACUGCCCUGGGCAUGCUGGAGUUUGACCUUCUCUACGACCAGGCCUCCUGCACUCUGCACUGUAGAAUCCUCAGGGCCAAGGGCCUCAAGCCCAUGGAUUUCAAUGGGCUCGCAGACCCCUACGUCAAGCUGCACUUGCUGCCUGGAGCCUGCAAGGCCAAUAAGCUAAAAACGAAGACUCAGAGGAACACGCUGAAUCCUGUGUGGAAUGAAGAUCUGAUGUACAGUGGAAUCACAGAUGAUGACAUCACUCACAAGGUGCUCAGGAUCACUGUCUGUGAUGAGGACAAACUGAGCCACAAUGAGUUUAUUGGGGAGAUCCGAGUACCCCUCCGCCGCCUCAAGCCUUCACAGAAGAAGCAUUUUAACAUCUGCCUUGAGCGCCAGGUCCCGCUGGCUUCACCCUCUUCCAUGUCAGCAGCGUUGAGGGGCAUUUCCUGUUAUCUGAAGGAGCUGGAACAGGCAGAGCAGGGGCCUGGGCUGCUAGAAGAGCGUGGCCGCAUCCUGCUGAGCCUCAGCUACAGCUCUCGGCACCGGGGACUGCUGGUGGGCAUUGUCCGCUGUGCCCACCUGGCUGCCAUGGACGUCAAUGGCUACUCCGACCCCUAUGUUAAGACGUACCUGAGACCGGAUGUGGAUAAGAAAUCCAAGCAUAAGACAUGUGUGAAGAAGAAGACCCUAAAUCCAGAAUUUAAUGAGGAGUUCUUCUACGAGAUGGAGCUCACCACUCUGGCCACCAAGACGCUGGAAGUCACAGUCUGGGACUAUGACAUUGGCAAAUCCAAUGACUUCAUCGGUGGUGUGUCCCUGGGGCUGGGAGCCCGUGGUGAGGCUCGAAAGCACUGGAGUGACUGCCUGCAGCAGCUGGACACAGCCCUGGAGCGCUGGCACACCCUGACUAGUGAGCUGCCCCCAGCAGCUGGGGCUCUGCCUUCCACCUGAAUGGACCACAGCUGCCCAGUGGGCCCUUCUGGUUGGGUCCAGUACCCAACCUUUGCACGAGUGUGUUGCACGUUUACACGGGGUGGGAUGCCCCUGCCCCGCACUACUUGUCUUAUUUUUUGUGAGAGUCUCUGUGACCGUGGGUCUGUCUUCUUGUGAGGGACUGUGGAGAUCUAUGUUCACAUAUGCAAACUUCCUCCUGCCUGACUUGCUAAUACCUGCAAAUAUGCAAAUCACCCAUGCUCUCCACACCUGUGGGGGUGCUGCCAGAGCCUCUGCUCCAAGCCCCCCAACUCCUAUGGCUCCUCUCUCCUGCCUCUCCAUGCUGCCCGUCCCCUCCCCUCACAGGGAGGAGGGCGGAUUAGGGGAGGUUCAGAGGAAGAUGUUUCCAAAACAGAAAAGGACAAAAAAAACCAGAGACACUUCUUUAAUACAGAAUCUUCAUUUAAAAAAACAAAACAAAACCUAGCCCUAUAUAGCUGCCCUUUUAAAGGGGUGGCCACUUUGGGGUCUCUGCCUCCCCAAGAGGUGGCAGAUGCUCCUGGCCACUCAUCUAAAUAACUGUCCCCUGGAUGGGGUUGGGAUGUGAAGGCAGGGCCCCUGCCACUUUCCUGGGGGACGUUCGUGCAUGUUUACGCCUUUUCUGAUCAUGUCAGUGGCCGAAGCAUGGCAACUGGGCACCAAUAAACUUCUCUGAGGAA